UAAACACUCACUAGCACCGUCGAGCUGUAAGUAAAGCAUGUCUGGUGCCCCCGUCCCCUCCACCACACACACGUCUGCCGCUAAGUUUAAUACACAUUUCUGUGCGGGAGUCAGCGCCUUGCUUAAACAGCCAGCGAGAGGUACCUCAGCUACAGAAGGGGCAUCGAGGUUAUUGGAGAUAUGAAAACUAUGAGGGUCCUCAUAGCCUUUGGAGGUAGGACAGAAGACCAGUUCAGACUUCGACACACAAGUUUAAUUGCUGUGUUUCUAGGUUUCUGAGGCUUUCUGUUUUUUUAAGGUAUAUGUCAACAAUUAUUGUCUUUGGGAUUGGUUUAGUUUUGUUUAGGGAUAUUGAGGGAAGUCUCCCAUUGCUGGAAAGAUCAUAGUAAAUUCCUUAUUACUUAGCAAUCACUAUGGAGGAACCAUUCCUUUGGCUGCACAGCAGAAGAUGAAUAUUUAAUGGAGCAGUAGUAAUGGCAAAUGGAAAGAGUGCAAAGGCUAAUGCAGAGGCCAGUAACAGACUUUCUGGGGCAGGAGACCUGUCCUGGCCUUAUCACAUGGCAAUGCUGGAUAGAAUCCCUAAAACCAGAAGUGGAAAACAAACAGAAAAACACUCAUGAGAGAAAUCAAAGAAAAAAACUGUAUUUACAGAAAAAAAAUCUGCUUUUACAGAAGGUCUUAUAUUAUAUGUGCAAUUAUUGAAAUAAUUUGUUGACAAUACAUAUAAAUAUUUCUAAUUUUUCUUGAUUAGACCCCUGGAAUUACAUGAUUACAUCUAGAUACAUGCAUCAUAAAUGCAAGCUUUUAUUUUAAGUGUUCCAGGCUGCUUGAAUGAAGCCCAUUGGGAAAGAGAUAAAUAUAGGUGAGACCUACUGAAACUCCUACUGCACUCUUUCUUCUGGAAGCCUUGCCGACACAUGCAACUGCCUGAUCACAGUAGCUUGUCUGUCUAAACAAAAUAGUUUAAGUCAAACCGUAAUGCUUGUCUGAAGACAGAAGCCAAGUACUACAUCUUUGAUGCUAAAGUAUCAGCAAUUGGAGAGUGGAGGAGAUUUUUCUACCAGAAGUUUUGACAUGCUGGAAAAUGCUGGCAUGACCUCUGCUGAGAGAGGGAAUUUCUCAACAGCUCUUCAUGCUCACAGUAAUGAAGCCUCAGUUGAAAAUCACCUUCUGCAAAGAUGCCUCUCACUAACUCAUGUUGACCAAGAAGACACAGCAUCGGUUUCAGGAAUCUCUGAACUUUUUAAGGUUAUGGAAGAACCUCGAGCACAGAUUUUAAAACAUGAUGUAGAGAUACCACCUCAAGCCAGAAUAGCAACAAUACCUCUUUCUUCUUUCCCACCUAAACUGCAGGAACUAAUGUCAGCCAGAGCUAAAAAUAUCUUUGAGCUAAGGCAAGCUACAGAAAUACCAGCUGUAACUUAUGUAUGGCCAGUAAUAAGGAUGAAAGAUGCUUCCAGCCCUAUUUGGAACAAUUUUCCAAAGUACUUAAUACCAAUGAGUCCAACCUUAACAAGACACUGUUCUAGUCCUGAUGUAAUGAUUGAAGAUGUGAUAUGUUCCCGUAUAACCCCAGUCAAUCAGCUUGCACAAGAAGAGCUAGAUGGAAGUACAGGAAGAUCAUAUCCUCUUCUUGUAAAGUCAUCUAGCAGUGUUGUUUCAGAAAUUUUAAAAUCACUGACCAAUACCAAAAAUAAGAAUAAGAAUACUUAUAUUGUACCGCCUUUGUUCGAAUGUCCUACUGAAGAGCAACUGGAAAUUCCUCUCUUUAAGGGAAAUGCUCUAGUGAUAUGUAAUGGGAAAGUCCACCUUCUGUAUGCAAUGGGGCAUGAAGCUCUGCCAGCAGAAAUGGAAGUACAUGGCUGUGAUAUGUUGCUUAGGAAGACCACAGCUUGGCUCAUUACAUGCAGUGUUAUCCGUGACGUAACGACUGAAGUUCCACAUUCGCUGCUGUCAGGACAAUAUGAUAUAAAACAGAAAGAAAGAUGUCUUACAACCUUUGCUACCCCCCAAAACCAAAAUAAAACUUCAAAUGCAACACAUUUCUCUUCACACAGGAUGACUACCAUCUCUCAGCCCAAGCAGUGCUCACCUUCUACUGGGAAAAAGCAACAGUUCCUCAGCAAGACUGCAUUCCUAUCUGAAGAGGGCUUGCGAAAAAGAAAUGGGAAAGAAGCACUUCAGGAAAAAGACAAUGAACUAAGAAGGAAAUUUGGUAUUGUUAAGGAUGUAAGAGUCUUUCUCAACAGAAUAAGUCCCACUGAACUUAAAGAGAACUCUGGCAAAGCUUCUGCACUGAAAUGGAAGUUAACCACCAAGACAAAGAAAUUAGAAAGUAUGGCAAAGCAAACUGUGCCACUUGAAACAGUUUUGCUGAGGAAAAGAGAAGAAAAGGAGCUAGAGCAGUGUGAGUUAUCUCACAGGAGAAGAAAAAGGGAAUGUAUUCAAACAAAGAUGCAGCGCUUCAGAGACCAUGAAAAGGAGGAGGAACAUUAUUCUAUGCAGACAGUAUGAAAGUCUAAAGCUUACCAAAUGUGCUGCCAGACCUUCUCUUAGGGAGGACCACUGAGCAAACCCUGUGCAUUCAAGAAAACCCAGAUGAAGUUUCUCAGAUUAAAACUUUGCUUUCUGGUUAGUAAAGGGAUACUUUCUCUGCAAAUACACCAGUUGUAAAUGAAACAUCAAGAGGAAAAGGGAAUGUAAACAUGCUUCUAAGAUCCUUAAAGGUUGAAAAACACCAAUAGAAGCACUAUAUGAAAACAAACAGCAGCAAUGAAAAACUAUUCUUGCUGCUCUUAAAUUACAAAACUUCAGCUCAGUAUUUGGAGGGUGGAUUGUUUGUUAUGCUUUCUAUUUUGCUUCUGUUUAAUUAAAUAUAAAAAUCAUCUCAGUCUUUACACUUAAUAUCUGUAAAACUGACCGAAGAAUUUCUCUCAGGAUCACUUUUACUGAGUGGGUUCAUUAUCACAGCCUGAAUAUGUUCUUCACUAACCGAAAGUGAUGGAGUAAACAGGCUUCCACAGCUGUGGGAGGAGCAUCCCAUAAUACACAAGGGAAACAGGAGUCUGGUACUCACAGCAGUUUGAUGUUUAAAGAACACCAGUAACCAGAAAUCUUUACAUAGAUGCCUCUGGAUUACUUACUGAAUUGACACUAUAGCUUGUUAUGUGUGAUACUGUAAUUUCAGAAAGUUGAUGUUUAAAUGGCAGUCAUUUUACAAAACUAGACUUUUUUGUUUUUACUGCAGCUAAUAAAAUCCUGAUAUAAUAAA